UUAUGGCGCUCACACAAUUCUGAACUAUCACCAAAAAUAAGACCUCUUGGUAAAAGUGCUAAGCUAGCACACAAUAUUGUCCUCACCAAACCUGAUAAUGUAGAAAUGGUUGAAUGGAAAGCAUUUGUGAAACAACGAACUUCCAAAGAAUUUAAGGCAAAGAGUAAAAGAUUUAGGGCAAUGAGGAAAAACCAAACCCUCUUACACACCAUGAGUCGUAAAGGUUAUACACGAUCAGAGGAUGAAAUGAGAAGAGAAAGUCGAGCACCAUCAUCCAUAUCAAGAGUUGAUGUUUGGAUUAAAGGGCAUACAAGGAAGGAAGGAAAAUGCAUGAAUGAAGUGCUUGAUGCAACUGUGAAAAAGGUUCAAGAACUUCAUAAGGCUUCUACUGAUGAGGGUCCAAAAUCUAUAAAAGAUUAUGCAAUUUUUCAUACUUUUGGUCCCGAGUGUCGUGGGAGUGUACGAGGGCUGGGAUUUGGGGCAUUGCCAUCUAAGGUUGAUGCAUAAGUACACCAAAAUGAG